AUGGCUGAAAGGCAAUUUGGGAAACAAGUUAAGGCUAUUCUUAGUGACAAUGGAACAGAGUUUAUGUGCCUUUCUUCUUACUUUCAGGAGCAUGGGAUCCUACACCAGACGUCUUGUGUCGAUACUCCACAGCAAAAUGGUCGUGUGGAGCGUAAACAUCGGCACAUCUUGAAUGUUGCUCACGCCUGUCUCUUCCAAGCUCAAUUACCGGUUACUUUUUGGGGUGAAAGCAUCCUUGCUGCAACUCAUCUGAUCAAUCGUACUCCUACUAGAGUUUUGGAUGGGAAAUCUCCAUAUGAGAUACUCUUUGGGAAGCCACCAACGUAUGAUCUUCUAUGCACAUUUGGUUGUUUAUGCUAUGCUCACCAUCGUGCUCGAGAUAAGGACAAAUUUGGACCUCGCAGUCGCAAGUGUAUCUUUGUGGGAUAUCCUUAUGGCAAGAAAGGGUGGCGUCUCUAUGAUCUAGAGAAAGACCAAUUUUUUGUGAGCCGCGAUGUUCAGUUUCAAGAAAACGUUUUCCCUUUCCAUCUCACCGUCACGGAGUCGAGUCCUGCGACACCUCUUCUCUCCCCUGACGCUAUUAUUGAUGAUGAUUGGAAUUUUACACCUCCAUUGAUUCCACCUCUUGUUGUGAUACCUUCUACCACCGAGACUGAACCUCCUCCAGAACCUGUAAUCGAGCCGAAUACAGUGAUCACGCCAGCUGUAUCCGCGUUGGAAUCGACUGAGACAGAUAAUGCUUCUAAUCACGAAGAGACUCCUCCUCCUUCUCCGGGUCUGCCUGAGUUAUUGGGUCGUGGUCACCGUUCAAAGAAAACCUCUGUUCUACUGAAAGACUUUGUGACACAAAAUGUACACUACUCUCCCUCUCACGCUCUCUCACUCGCUCCUUCAGAUUCAAAGCCCUCUCAAACGGUUUCUGGUAAGACCCUCUACCCUCUCACUAAAUACUUAUCUGACAUUGGCUUUACAGCGCAUCAUAUCGCGUUCAUGGCAGCUGUUUUGGAUAGUGAGGAACCACAACAUUUUAAAGAUGCUAUUCUUAUCAAAGAGUGGUGUGAGGCUAUGAAGAAAGAGAUUGAGGCUCUUGAGGGCAAUCACACAUGGGAUAUUGUUGACUUACCUCCGGGAAAGACAGCAAUUGGAAGCAAAUGGGUGUAUAAGCUGAAGUUUAACACUUAUGGUUCCUUGGAGCGACAUAAAGCUCGUCUCGUUGCAAUGGGGAAUCGUGAACAAGAAGGUAUUGAUUUUAAAGAAACAUUUGCUCCAGUUGUCAAACUCACCACCGUUCGACAUCUACUUGCUGUUGCCGCUGCAAAAGAUUGGGAGGUUCACUAG